AUGUCGAUAGGGAAAACUGAACCGGUGGUUGUACCGGGAUAUGGUGAGAACGAAAGCCGGGAACUUGUUGAUAAGCCGAGGAAACUUUGGGGCGUGGGGUUCAAUACGGAGCAUUUGGAAAGGAUGGUUUGGGAUUUGACGGUGACAAACUCAGACCACAACAAUGCAUUUUAUUGUGGAAACGGAAAGAUAGCUAUGGAUGACUGUUGGGUUUACUUAGCUAAUACAGACGAGGAAUUAGCUACCACUUUAGCACACGAGAUUGGGCAUGGAGUGGCAAUGCAUAUCGAAGGGCACCCACACUUUGCGUUUUUGCCCCUUCUCCUAAUUCCGUGGACUUCAUUCUUUUGGGCCCCCGUAAUAUUCUUGCGCGUGUGCGACUUGAUGCUUUACGUGGAACGAAGGCAUGAACUCGAAGCAUGGUACAUUGGGCUUAUGCUGAUGGCCUCGGCUGGUUACGACCCUAGGCUUGUGCCGGACAUUGUCAAGAAAACGGAAAUCGAGUGGGCUGACCAUUAUAAGUAUCUAUUGGACACGACUCACCCUUGUCUCGGGCGAGUAGCCGAGAUGAUGAGCCAAGAGACAGUGAUGGAUAAGGCGGUCAAAAUAUACGAAAAAGUUCGGGCCGGAGGCGAAGUACCGAGCUUUGUUGAGGGAGUGGAAAGAAAUUUUUGCAGCAGGCUUUUCAACCCUUUUUCAGUUACUCAGUUUUUUUCCGAAUUUAAACGAGCUGCCAAAUAG